CUUGCAAGAUGAUACAAAAUUCAUAAUAUAUACUGCCUGGCUAACUAAUUUUAUUUCAGUAUUCGAGUAAAUUUCGUAUUGACCAGUAUCAAUAUCAAUGAACAAAUCUUAAUGAAUUGUUAAGUGUUUUAACAGAUAUAAAAUGUUUUUUCGGGCAUGCAUAUUUUUGCUUUUGAUAGCAGUAAUAUCCAUUAAUGGCGAUCAAGGAUGUGAUAAAAAUCAGGUAUACAGAGCUUUGAGAGAUCUGAGAGACAAACUUCAAAUUACAAAAGCUAGCAAUCGGUCCGAAGCUUUCAAUUUAUAUAAAUCUAUGCUGAGUUAUGAAGAUGGCGUAGAAUUAAUAGAAAACCAAAUAGCACUUUGCCCAGAGAACAUCCAAAAUCAAUUAAAAGCUAUAUACCAACUUGCUUUUGGUAUUGCUACUGUAGAUGCAGAACGAAUCCAAAAUACAAUGAAAGUUAUAGAUGAUGAUCAUUUAUUAGAAGAAUUUGUAGGAUUGCAUUAUGCCGUCGAUUCUUUCACGGUUGUCACAUUUCUAACUACUGCUCCAUUUGACGAAAGUUUACGUGUAUCAAAAACGCUUAACAACCUUUUGAGAAAGACCGAUUUAAAUAAUACUGAGAUUGACACAAAACUAGAAGUGAUCAGUCAUCUCAAUCAGGAACUGAAAAAUGUUAAAGAACCAGCAAGAUUAGAAAGUCUUAAAAAAUUGUUAAGACAAUUGAUAAAAACCGAUAUCAUUUUGCAACACGAUAAUAUUGAGCACUUAAUCAAAAUCGACGAAGAGCUAACCAAAGAUGUUAUUCAGGAGCUUAUUGGAAUCCACACAGCCUACAAUAUUGAAAAUCAAGAACAACUAGCAUUGUUUCCUUUACUUCUGGAAUUAAAAUGCUCUUCAAACUUCGAUAUUUGGAUCGAUAAUUUAAAUGCUCUAUACGGAAGUUUGAAAUCACACGACAAAAUAUAUACCAUCCAAACUCUAUUCUUAUUGAAAGAAGUCAAUGCAUUGUUAAAACUUUUCCCUGAAAAUAAAAUUUUAUUAGAUAUACAAGCACAAAUCCCUAUUUCCAUGAAUUUUCUACUAGCUUCGAAUGUUUGUGUUAAAUCAAAGGAUGUGAACAAACCCAUAGACAUGUAUUUAAUGAAUGUAGAUACAGGUAAGCUAGGUAUGAUAAAAUUUGAACCAAAUCCUGAUGGUCCCCAUAUGUUAGUUGUUGGUCCAGCUGGAGGAUACAAUUUUACCAUAGUAUUGAGCACUAAAGAAGGAAUGGAUGAUGCUCUUAAAUCUUUUAGAGUAGAGAAAACAAUUGGUACAUUAGGUUUAUUAACCAUACCCGAAUUUUGCGAAAAAAAUGAUGAUAUUGUCCUUCAAGGAUGUGUACCUUUAGAGAAACUUUUAGCAAGUGGUCUUGCAAAACCCCAACAUUUAGGAGUUAUUAAGCAAUUAGCCCGGAACUUCGACAGGAUAUUGAAAGACACAAUUGACGAAAGUUGUGGCGAUAAUACUGUAACUGCUUCAGCUGCUUAGAAAUAUCGACGUUGAGCACUAAUAAUAAAACAUUAGGAAAACAAAUAUUUCAAAAUGCAUCUUAAAAUUAUGAUCAGUGAUUUAAUUGUAAUAAAUUUUUAAACUUAGUAACUGAACUCUUUUAUUGCAGCAAUUCGAAAAUAAAUACAAACA